UGAGCAUGAGUCAUGUUCUACAGCUUGACCUUGAGCUUCAUUCAGUUUGAGCUGCCUCAAAUUUUAAUAUGAGUUAAACUGAUUUGAUUUUAUGCCUGCUUAAUUUAUUGUGUUUCUUCUUAAAUUGACUCAAAAUUUUAUGUCUGGUUUACCUACACAAGGGCACAAUGAUGAAUUUUACGGAGGACGCUCCUGUAAAGAAAGGCUCUGUUCUCUUAACAAGGAUGGAAAGUAUAACGGCAUACAAAAACCAACGUGGACAACCCAAAUCUGGAACUCCAGAACAAUCUGACAUUCCAGUAUCUGCUAAUGACAUGUGUUCCCUUGCUGAAUGGCCAUCCCAUGCUCGCCGCAACCGUGCGCUACUACAGGAUGAAGCUGGUGGACAGAAGAAGAAAGGGCGAGGUGUUCUAAAAGGUUUUAAAGCAUCUAAGAAGCGUUUUGCCAAUGGAUCUGCAAAGCUAAAUAUUACAUUCUCUGAAAAAUUGGGUGGUACAGUAGGAAUGAACUAUCGUUCGUUCAAGGAUGACGUGGUAGUCAUAAUGAAAAGAAAGUUACCACUCAUUGGAGUGAGGACGUGGUCGGACAUUCACCCUACCAUUCAUCGACUCAUUGUUGCAGAUAUGAUAGACAGAUGGGACCUAGAAGAUACACCAGAAACAGAAGAAAAAGUUCUCAAAAUUGCGAAAGAGAGAUAUAGAGGCUGGCGAUCAACUCUAAGCUCCACUUACAAGGCAUACAAAACAGAUGCAGCUAGAUUGGCUAAUCUGCCAGAAGAUUUACAACCAGAAGAGUGGGAAUGGAUGAUUGAGUACUUUGGCACUGAUUCAAAAUUUCAGGAACGCAGCCAAAUGAACGCCGAUAACCGUAAGAAACAGAAGACAAAACACAUAAUGGGAUCAAAAUCUUACUCGCAAGUUAGUUUUGAGAAGAGAAACUUGGAAACUGGAGAAGAGCCAGAUUGUAUUGCUCUAUGGGAACUCACCCACACAAACGAUGGAACAUGGUCUAACACAGAUUCCCAGAAAGUUUACGACAAAGCACUUCAAGAGGUUAAAAACAAAGAAACUGAAACUGAAGGUCCACUUUCAAGUGAGCAGAAAAACAAUAUUUUCUAGACCGCUUGCAAAGACACUCUGGAAUGCAAGUCAUUGCAGCCUCGUGGGUACGGAUACGUGGCCAAAACUUCAACUGGUUCUGAAAGGUUCCGUAUCCAGAUUGAAGAGCAAGCUCGUGCUACAGCAGCCACCCAGGAGCGAAACUCUCAGCUCAGCCAGCAGGUCAACGACUUAGAAGAUCAACUACAAGCUGAACGUGCUAACACACAAGAGAGGAUUAACUUGGAGCGUGCUGAGAGAGAACAACUUGAGGAGAGGUUAAAAGAAGAGCGUGCUGAAAGGGAAAGAUUGUUGCAAGAGGAGCGAACAUCAAGACUGGAAUUUGAAAAA